UACAGAUGUAUCCUGAUGUGGAAGAGGGUGAGGAGACAGUCUCAGAUAGUGAGGGCGCAGGAGCUGAUCAAACUGUCGCUACCAACAACCAGCGGAAAAAUAAGAAUAUAACACACUGGCCAUGAAUUGACCCUGUGGAUGGCUGGCCAGUAAUUCAGCUUCUCAGUCCCAAACGCACCGAGGAACAAGCACCAGAAGAUAGUCACAAUGAGGAGAGAAAGGAGGAAAGCGAAAGGAGUGGAGAUGAACAUGAGGAGGCAGAUCGACUAAUUGAAAACUGCAAAGACCAAGAUGAAGGCAUGCUGCUGGGAUCAACUGAAAAAGAAAAAGAGGACACGAAGAUCAAGAACAACGAAGACACCUGGAGUGAUGACGAAGAGUAUGUGGACCUUUAUGAACGAACGCUGGUGUAUAAAAUAUCUGAUGACACCAGGCUUCCUGAUUCCAGUGAGGAUGAUGGAAUACAGCACAAUGAGAGCUACUUGAAGAAGGAAAACAUCCAAAACAAUGAAGACCCUCAGGACAUUGAUCAACAAAGCCAUGACUCUGACAAAGACGACGCCCUCCAGCUCCAAGAACCACCUGAGGAAAACUUCCAGCUGGGCAGCAGCUCCCUUCCUCAUCCAGCUCAGGUCUCAUGUGAAGAAGACCUGCCCACAUGCAAACCACCAGAAAAUACACAAGUUACCCAAGUCCCCGAGACACCGGCGAUGCUCCCAGAAAAUGAAUCCGCUGAGAUGCUGAAGACCAGCACCAAGGAGUCCUCCUCGGUCUCCCUUGGGGAGUCAGAGGAGGAUGACACUGGAUCUGACACACAAACCACAACCUGUGUGACCUGGAGGCAGGCCUUCCGCUGGCUCCGGAAAAGAGUCCUCUUGUGUCUGGGGAGGAGAGUGACAGUCAGCAGCCCACCAGCAACCCCAACCAAGAAAAGUUUUCCCACCUCCAAGGAAACCCACCCCAAAGAAACCCUCAGUGAUUAAUUAGCACAACCCAAUCCACUAAGCACACUAAGCAGUGUGAUGGCCCCACUUUUAUAGUCCUGUAGCUUUAUUGUUUUAAAUAAAAUAUACAUUCUUGUUCUCUAUGUCUGCUUCCUCCAGCACAUCUUCUCGAUGCAGGCUGAAAGGAGCCAUGUUGUGCAGAGGACUGAAAUGCAUUUUCAGCAACUGGUAGGUAGCAUGCGCCUCCUGAAGAGAUGUGCUGCUUCUCUCCUUUCACCCUGCUGCCCAGUUUUGUUCAAUCUAUCGACUUUAUCCAUUUCAGGGAUUUCAUCCUGUUUUGUCACUAACUCACGU